CACACGUACACAACCGGACUACGUUUGUCCCAGCUCUGUCUAGUUACAACUAUAAAAAUCCUGAUCAUUUUUCACCGGUUCAUGUCAGAGUUCUACAGUCUUCUCCAAUCAGCAGUAAUGUCACGAUUGGUGUUUCUAGUGUUGGUCCAAGUAUUCUGGGCACCAACUGCUGUGGGAACGCCAUGUUCUAACCCGCCACCUGGGAUAGAGAAGAUGUUCAGAGGCGUAGACAUCACCAAGUUGGAUCUGGUGCCGCUGAAUAUAGGAAGCAAUGGAUUUAAAGGACCUGUCCUAAACUUUACAUGCGACGAACAAAAAACAUGGACGGCCUCUGGAGACGUGAAGUACCAAUUACCUGAUCAGGUCUGGCAUUUGACGUCCCUUCCAGGAGGUUGGUUGUCUGCUGAUACAAAUCUCUACAAGUCCUAUGAGGAAGUACGCAAGUCGAUGACGACAGAGGUCGGUGGUGAAGGCGCCAUCUGGAAAUUCGCCUUCUCUGCAAGUUCAUCUUUCAAGGAGAUGCAGAAUACCAUCACCAACAUGUCUAAGUAUAUCUCUGACGUGGGAGCUUUCGAGUCUGCCACCAGAGCUGAUUUAGUUCCAAAGUGGGUCUUAGGUUUUGACACAUACGUUCAGAUUUUUAUCGAUGAGCAGCUUAACGGAACAUUUGACAGCAACCCAAGUGCUUAUAACGAAUUUAUUGAAACAUUCGGAACUCAUUACUUCAAUACAGCAAACUUCGGCGGCUACAUUCGGGUUGUCAUGGAGACGAAAACAGAUUAUUUUUACUCCAGGUCUGAUGAAGAGGUUAAAGCCAAUGCCAAAGCGUCUUUCUUAAACGUCAUAUCCGCUAAUGGAGGUUACUUGAAGGAAAAUGUCAAUGCCGAUGAGAGAUUUACAAAUUCAACCACACAGACAGUCAGAUACUAUGGUGGUAAUACAAACCUCUUGACCGAAAAUGGGAUUUCUGAAUGGCAGCCUACUGUGAGCAAAGACCCCUGGCUCUUUUCUGGAGAGCUGAAGCCUUUAAGUGGUUUGAUCUCAGACAGCAACAAGAGAAGCUCCAUGGAGAAAGCUAUGGAGAACUACGUCCUGAGGUACUAUCUGGAUGAGUUGGAAAGGUUAAUGGCUUCUGCAAGAAAGAUCUCCAGCGAUACCAUUCUGAACAGCCUUCAAACCAGACUUACAGCAUUGAAGGCCUUGCCUGUUCUCGUGAUGGGAGAUGUUGAGUCGCUUGGUAGCGAAAUCGAGAGUCACAUUGAAAUCCCGUCCUGGUUUAGGACUGCAACGAAUCUUUGCUAUAAUUGGUGGGCAGAUGGAGAUGAAGAGCAAUGUGGAGACGGAGCUCAAAACCGACUCUGUGCCACACCCAACAGUAUGACUCCAGUUUACAGGGACGACACCGAUAGCGGAGCUGGGGGUUGUAGAAUGCAGUGGGGCAUAUUCUCUACUGGAUACCCUUCCUGGUUUAACGAUGUCCAAGUCUGUUAUCGUUGGUACGCCGACGACGACGCUGGACAGUGCGGAGAUGGGGCAGCACCAUUGCUCUGCGCCGGCAUUAACCAAUUCUCACCAGUAUACCGCGACGAUACAGAUCGCCGACCGGGAGGCUGCAGGAUGUCCUGGAUGAUUGAAGUACCGUCGACGGCGCCACUCUGGAUGAGGACAACCAAGAUGUGCUUCUCCUGGUAUCCAGACGGUGACGCAGGCCAGUGCGGGCAAGUAUCUUCCAGAGAUCUCUGCGCUACAGCCAAUGAGUGGACUGAUUAUUACCGUGACGACACAGACGAACGCGGAGGAGGCUGCAAAAUGAGCUGGGGUUUGAAAACCAUAUUUUAAUUUCAGUACUUAGGAAUACUUUUAAUGGCAUAGCAAACAAUUUCAUUUUUAAAUGUACAAAAACUUAGUAGUGAGUAUAAACUUGGCUUUUUUUCUUGUU